GAAUAGCUGCUACGAUGGCCGUGCAGAUGCAGUACGAAGCAAAUGCAGACACGUCAACAGAAGAGGAGAGCUUGGGGCCACAGCUCAUAUCUAGGCUAGAGCAAUGUGGUAUAAAUGCCAAUGACGUGAAAAAGCUGGAAGAAGCUGGAUUUCACACAGUUGAGGCUGUUGCUUAUGCACCAAAGAAGGAGUUACUAAAUAUUAAAGGUAUCAGUGAAGCCAAAGCUGACAAAAUCCUGGCUGAAGCAGCUAAACUAGUUCCAAUGGGUUUUACUACAGCAACAGAAUUCCAUCAACGGAGGUCAGAAAUUAUCCAAAUCACCACUGGAUCCAAAGAACUUGAUAAACUUCUUCAAGGAGGAAUAGAAACAGGAUCCAUAACAGAGUUAUUUGGGGAGUUUCGUACUGGAAAGACACAGUUGUGUCAUACGCUGGCAGUAACCUGUCAACUUCCCAUUGACCGAGGUGGUGGUGAAGGAAAAGCUAUGUAUAUUGACACAGAAGGCACUUUCCGCCCAGAGCGUCUUCUUGCCGUGGCUGAAAGGUACGGCUUGUCUGGCAGUGAUGUCCUUGAUAACGUGGCAUAUGCUCGAGGUUUUAACACAGAUCAUCAGACUCAGCUCCUGUAUCAAGCAUCUGCAAUGAUGGCUGAAUCACGUUACGCGCUGCUGAUAGUGGACAGUGCCACGGCGCUUUACCGAACAGAUUACUCCGGAAGAGGCGAGCUGUCAGCCAGGCAGAUGCAUCUGGCCAGAUUUCUGCGAAUGCUCCUGCGACUUGCAGAUGAGUUUGGUGUGGCAGUUGUGAUCACUAACCAAGUAGUUGCGCAAGUAGAUGGAGCUGCCAUGUUUGCUGCAGAUCCCAAAAAACCUAUUGGAGGAAACAUCAUAGCACAUGCUUCCACUACCAGACUGUAUCUGCGAAAAGGCCGAGGCGAAACCAGAAUAUGUAAGAUUUAUGACUCUCCUUGUCUUCCUGAGGCUGAAGCCAUGUUUGCUAUUAAUGCUGAUGGAGUGGGAGAUGCCAAAGACUGAAGACUCCUUUCCAUUUCUCAUGUAAUUUGAGACUAGUGGCUGUAAAAGGCUGCUUUUCUGUGGCACCUUACAGAUGCUUUCCCAGUGCAGCUGCUGUUCAGAUAACCGAUGGAGGAACCUGUUCAUUUCAACAUUAAUAUACAUCAAGUGGAUAUAUUUUGAGACGCAUCUGGAGGUGCAGUUGGAAGAGAUUUUCCUUCUUUGGCUUUAGUCACGUGUUAGAAUAACAUGGUUUCCUGAGA